AUGAGUGAAACCAGCGAUCAAGCACCACUCUCAACCCUUUCCGGUGGUCGCGGGGUGGUGACGCUGGCAACUACUCGCGUUCCUCCCACGCCACUGCCGUCUCUUCUUGUUGACGGCAAUGACGGGUUUGAAUUUACGUCGUACCUCCAAGCUGUUCACAUUCGCUCGGCCACACUCCAGCCUUCCCGUCAUGCCGACGCGCUUGCACGAACGAUCCGCCCCGAGAAGAUGGCUGCAUUUCGAAGAAUCAUAAAACAAUAUGUUGCCUCGAGUGGAGACACAGCCGCCCCAGCGUGGCGGAUUGUGAGAGAUGACGAGCGCCGCCUUGCGAGUGUCACACCAAACAGGUUUCUCGUUGUCUCCAAUAGGAAGCUUCUCAAAGACCAUGGCUUUGUGUAUGCCCUCCCCCUGGACCACCGCGGCAGGCACAGGACUGACGCCUUCUACACACUGGAUCAUCGCGAACGCCGUGAGGAUCUCUGCAUCGAUUUGCUCUUGAUUCACGCUACAGCAGCAUUUCAUAUUAUCCGCCCUGUAACCUGGAUACGUUCAUAUUCAUCUCAUUUCCGUCACACAUCGCGGUACAACUGUCUCACAGAGCUCAACGGUAUCCAAGGCAACCCAGAAAAACAAAGCAUUCGCCGCGACGCCCACGCUCAAGUCAAGCGCAUGCUUGGCCUGAAGUCUUGA